AAUGAGUGAAAAGAAAGCAGCGGGAGGACUACAAGGUAUAGUUGCUGGAUAAUCUGCUAUUUCCACAGUUGGAGUAGGUGGCAUAGGGUUAAAUUACAGAGGUUAUGAUAUUAAUGUAAGAUAUAAGUUUAGAAAAUUUUAGGAUCUUGCAUAUAAAUGUAGUUUUGAAGAAGUGACUUAUUUGUUAUUAAAAGGUCAUUUACCUAAUUAGUAAUAACUUAAUGAAUUGAAAACUCUUAUAUAGUAGAAGAGAUAAAUUCCAUGCAAAUUAAAAUAGAUUUUGGAGACUUUACCUAAAGAAUCCCAUCCUAUGGAUAUUAUGAGAACAGUAGCAUCUAUUGUAGGUAUUUUGGAACCAGAAACAAAAUCUGGUUAAGAAUACGAAAUAAGUAUAAGGCUAAUUUCAUUAUUUGGUCCAGCUUUGUUGUAUUGGUAUCAUUAUAGCAAUACAGGAAUCAAAAUAAAUGAGAAUACAGGAAAAGAUUCAAUUGCAGAAAACUUUCUUAAAUUAUAUCAUUUAAAGAGUGAAAUUGAUCCUUUGGUUAUUAAAACAUUUGAUGUUUCAUUAAUAUUAUAUGCAGAACAUGAUUUUGCUGCAUCUACUUUUGCUGCACGUGUUACUGUAAGUACACUAUCAGAUUUUUAUUCUGGAAUUACUACUGCUAUAGGAACUUUAAGAGGACCUCUUCAUGGAGGAGCUAAUGAAGCAGCUAUGCAAUAUUUGGAACCUCUAAGAAGUAUACCAUAAGCAGAUCAAUUCUUAAAUAGUAGAUACUAAAGUAAAUAAUUGAUUAUGGGUUUUGGACAUCGAGUCUAUAAAAUGGAAGAUCCUCGAUCUCCAAUUAUUAAAGAUUUUUCAUUAUAAUUAAGUAAGACUGCAAAUGGAGAUCCUACUCUAUUGGCUGUUUCAUAACAUAUAGAAAAACGAAUGAUUGAGGAGAAAAAGAUUUAUCCGAAUCUUGACUUUUAUAGUGCUAGUGCAUAUAAACAAUGUGGGUAUAAUAUAAAUAUAACAUAUUUAGAGUGCCUACUCCUAUGUUCACUGCAAUCUUUGUGAUCUCUAGAAUGACAGGAUGGGGUGGACAUAUUAUUGAAUAAAGAAGUAAUAACAAAUUGAUGAGACCUGUUUCAGAAUACACUGGACCUGCUAAAAAAUAAUUUGUACCUAUAGAAAUGAGAAAUAAAGCUAAUUUAUGAU